GCCCUUCCUGCCUGUGAGCCGGGGGCGGCGGGCGGAGGCAGACGGGAAGAUGGCGGACCUGGAGGAGCAGCUGUCGGACGAGGAGAAGGUGCGUAUAGCAGCAAAAUUCAUAAUUCAUGCUCCUCCUGGGGAAUUCAAUGAGGUGUUCAAUGAUGUUCGGUUGCUGCUUAAUAAUGACAAUCUUCUCAGGGAAGGAGCAGCCCAUGCAUUUGCACAGUACAACUUGGACCAGUUUACUCCAGUAAAAAUUGACGGUUACGACGAACAGGUUUUGAUAACAGAACAUGGUGAUUUGGGAAAUGGAAAGUUUUUGGAUCCCAAGAACAGGAUUUCUUUUAAAUUUGAUCACUUAAGAAAGGAGGCUACUGAUCCUAGACCCCAUGAAGUUGAAAAUGCCAUAGAAUCCUGGAGGAAUUCAGUUGAAACAGCAAUGAAAGCAUAUGUGAAAGAACACUACCCAAACGGUGUCUGCACAGUAUAUGGUAAAACAAUUGAUGGACAGCAGACCAUUAUUGCAUGCAUAGAGAGCCAUCAGUUCCAAGCAAAAAAUUUUUGGAAUGGCCGUUGGAGGUCAGAAUGGAAGUUUACAAUCACCCCUUCAACCACUCAAGUGGCUGGCAUCUUGAAAAUUCAGUUAACCUUUCCAAGAGGUUCUGUUCAUAAACAUCAUGCUUCUUGUAGCCUUCCGAACCCAGCCCUAGCAUUCUACGAUGUCAGCAGUGAGGUUCACUAUUAUGAAGAUGGUAAUGUUCAGCUGGUGAGCCAUAAAGACAUACAAGAUUCUCUAACAGUGUCUAAUGAAGCCCAGACAGCGAAGGAAUUUAUAAAAAUCGUAGAGGCUGCAGAAAAUGAAUAUCAGACUGCUAUCAGUGAGAAUUAUCAGACUAUGUCGGACACUACUUUCAAGGCCUUACGUCGACAAUUGCCAGUUACCCGCACCAAGAUUGACUGGAACAAGAUCCUUAGCUAUAAGAUUGGAAAAGAGAUGCAGAAUGCUUAAAGUGAAUGUUGCAUGACUGGAUCAUUUUAGUGUCCUUGUAUACAAAUAAGAAUUAUUACAAAAAGUAUUUGGAACUGUCAAAUCACCCAGUCAGCAUGUAAGUAGUUUGGUUAGAGCACAAAGCUUAGCUAAUUGACUUUCUUCCUUUUUCUUUCUUUUCAGAGGGUUGCAGCUUCAGUAUAGCUGAAUAUUUUCCUUUAGAGUUUCUGUUGUACCUUUAUUUUUUUAUAAUGAAGAGACCAUGCCUUUAGUUUUCAAUUGCAGGUUAAGAACAGUUUGGAAAAAUAUUUUUGCAUAUGAUAACCCUUUCUCUUGCUUUCAUGUGAAAUGGACAACUUCCAAAAUCUGCUGGAUUCUUUGUGGAGCUCAGUAAUAUGCAUUUCUAGGUCAAGGUCAACAUGGAGUCAGCCACAGGUGCUCUUUUUGAAAUCAUCUAUCCUUUCAUUGUAUGUAAAAUUGGGAAAAGCAUUUUCUGUGUCAUUUAAACCUUUCAGAAUACUUAUUUAGCUCCGUGGUAACUCAAUUGUUUUUUCUUUUUUUAAAGAAAAGGGCAAGUUCUAACACUGUUUUAAGAUUUCAAAAUUAAAUAAAAGUACUUAUUUCAGAAAUGCAUUUAAUGCUUUAUAUCUGGCAAUUAAAUGAGCUCAAACUCCAUCUGCCCUUGAGGUUUCUUUAUCAUAAAGCCACAAAUGUAUUAUAACAAGGCAUAUUGUAAUAUAUAUAACCCUGUACUCACUGCUAUGUCUGUCAGUUUAUUUUUUUUUCCUUGGAUUGAAAUGUACUAAAAUUCAAUGUGACAUUAAAAUGCAAAUUUUCUAUUUAUUUGAGUAUCAGAUUGCUUCCUGAUAUAGCCUAACUUUGGUGUUUCUGUGUAUUUUUAAGAUACUGCUUAAAACAGCCACAAACUUGUGGCUUAUUGGCUAUUCUCAGUGUAUUUGGAGAUUGUUGUAAUAUCAUCAUCCAUUGUUUCCAUCUGCAUUUAAGAAACAUCAACAUAUGGAAGUCUACUUAAAACAGGUAUCUUUUAGCUUCAUAUUGGCCACAGAGGAUGGAAGAAAUUACAAAACCAAAACCAGUAUAUUUGUCUGGAGAAUACUUUCCCUGUCUGAUAUAUCUUGUAUUGAAAAUGGAUGUCAGGUAUCUAAAAACAGGGACUUCAUUACAAAUGCUGCAUAACACUUUCAUGAAAUGCAUAGAUUUAAUUUUUUAAUUGGAUGAAAACCUGUUUUAAAUCAUGCUGCCUAAUUAUAUUGCUCAUGAUACAUAAGCUCAUGAUGGAAAAUUUAACAGCUGCUGUAUUUUUUAGAAGGCAGGUAUUUAUGCACACUCCUAAACCAGUAAAGCUUACACAAAGGUUUCAUAUCUUUGUUUACAGCAUGAUCCAAUUUAUUACUUUAAUCUGUUAAGUUACAGCAUAGCAAGAGUCUGGACUUGUAUAAAAAUGUACACACAGAACAGUUUACUGUAUGAAUUGUAAUAGCAAUACCCCUAUAUUCUGCUCUUCAGUGCUCUCUUAUAAAGGGGUAUAGAAUUAACUGAAGUUCUUGAUGUUGCUGCUACUUUACAGUACUCAACUGUAUAGUAGAAGAGUGGGAUUUUUUUCUACCACAGUCUUCCUGGAGAGUUGCCCUCUUAAUUGUCUCCACAGAUCAGCUUUGAACCAUGUUGGCUUUUAACAUCUGUAUGCGAGCUAGGAACAUGCGGAGUCACUGUCAAGUCAGUCUGUCAGUCUUAACUAAGAUGUAAAUACAAACCUUGUUUGAGGAAUUUCUUCAACAUAUUUAAGAACAAGCUAAAAAUAAAAGGCAGUGAAUGGUUAGUUAGGAGAACUGUUACUGGGCAACAACUGUGCAAAUAACUUUUCUAGCUGUUAGAAUAUUGUGUAUGACAGGAAUCAGCACUGGCUAAAAGUCAGAAUGCUAUUUUUCUUACCUGAAAUAAAAAGCUAGUUUUAAAUAUAUUCCUAAUAAAGAGGUAUUUUACUGUGAAGUACUCUAUUAUUCUGUUUUUCUCUCUGUUUAUUCAGUCCUGUGAUAGUCUUAAUGCCGUAUCUUCAAAGAAUAGUAUCCUACAGGUUCAAUUCUACCAGUAGGGUAACAUAAGUAGAUUUGUAUUACUUAUAUUUUUUCCUGUUGUGUUAAUUUUUAGUCUGUGAGAUGAUUUUACACCUUGAACAUCAAAUUUAUUAAGUUAUAGCUUCAAUAAAGCAAUUUAUAAGUAAAUAACUACUCUGUUACUUUUUUGAGAUGGUAUGUUGUAUCAUAUUUAGGGGUAACCACUCCCCAGCUGAAGCUGACCUGAGUAUCAGCUGAGGCACAUGGCACAUUUGGAGUUCUUGAUGUCUCUCAAAAUUUUGGAUGUCCCUGCUCCUUCCUUUUGUUUCUACCCUAUCCCUUUUAAAUUGGAGAACUUUAUAGCUUGCUUGGUAGGCUUCAGGGUACCGUGUGUAGGUAAAGCACUUCCUCUGAGCAAUAUUGCUGUGGCAGUUGUCUUAAUGUGAAUGACUAUUUGUUUACAUUCUAUUUUAAAUAUAAAGAUAAACUUUGUAUUGUAGAAUGUUGAUGUACUGGACAUUAUGGCUUGUAAUAUGGACUUGUAAAAUGCUUGUGUUUAUGAAGUGUAUUAUGUCUUAUGCAUCUCAGUGCCCCUUUAUACAAAGGAGUUUUUAACUUCUGCAAGUAGUUUUAGCUUAUUUCUGGCCAUUGGCAAGAGGAGUGGCAAUUCUGCUUUCAGGUUCUCCUGAGCCACCCCUUUUUGUAUGUCUGUCUUAAAAUUCAUACUGCAGGUACAAUGAAACUUUAAAAUCAUUGUCAUUUUGAUUACAUCACUACUGCUUCUUAUGCUCUACAUGCUGGUAACAAUUCUGCUGGCUGGUUCAGUUGGAACGCUGUAACGCAGUUCAUUAUUGAACCGUCAUUUGGCCUAGGGUUAUCGGUAUUGUGUGAGGCUGGACAUCCUGCUAUAUGUGUUCUCCUUAGGGGAUGACUCCAGCUGCACCUACGGCAGUGAUGGAGUUUGUGCAGUUUGGAGUAAAUCCAUCUCUCAUCCCCACUUGCCACAUGGUAGUUUGGCUGGCAAAGCAGUUUCAGUGCUCUCAAGUUCACUUCCUUCUGGGGAGCUGGGCUCUGGGCGUGUGCCAGAUUCCCUCCAGCUCCAAGUGGGGACGUGACUCCAUAGCAGAGGUUUCCUUCAGGCAGCUUGAAACCACCUAUGUGUUGAGGUUGUCUGGAGGAUAAGACUAAACCUGGCCUUCAAAUUUCCAGGCUGUAGAUACUGUAGAUAUAGAGGUUGAACAUCAACUGUUGAUUCUGUGAGUUCACUCCUAUUGUGCUGAAUUACUUGGUGACACAGACACAGCUUCUGCUGCACUUGUUUACUGGAAAGACUGAAACUGUUCUUCCUCUGAUGCAAUGGUAAACUAGGUUUAGAUUAAACUUAGUUUGCUCAUA